AUGACGUCUCCUACAUCAUCUAGCCCAGCGGGUCCUUCUGUCCCGACUGGUAACACCAGAUCUUUCAAAGAUGUUCUGUUGGGUGGUUCCUCUUCCUCAGCUAAUAGGGUAAAAUUUGUGUAUGCUUCAUUUAAGGGUUGUCCUGCUCUUUUGUUUGAAGAUUCUGUUGUUUCACAACUUGCAGCUCCUUUCUCAUUUACUUUAGUUGGCAAAUUUGUUAUGCGUAGACCUAAUCUAGACAUUAUUCACAAAUUUUUCUACUCGCUGAAUUUUUUUGGUUCAUUUAACGUCAGUUUACUGGAUCCCAAGCAUAUUGCGAUUCAAUUGUCAAAUGACUUAGAUUACAGCCGUAUUUUCUCUCGCCGUUCUUACUAUAUUCAAGGUUGUCAAAUGAGGCUUCUUAAAUGGUCACCAGAAUUUGAUGUGAGGGAGGAAUCUCCCAUUGCCCCGGUGUGGAUUGGUUUUCCUAAUCUUCGUUUACAUUUCUUUAGCUCUUACAUUUUAUUUGGUAUGGCAUCAGUUUUUUGUAGACCUCUACAAACUGAUCAAGCUAUGGCUUCUUUAUCUAGACCUUAUGUGGCACGUGUUUUAGUUGAACUAGAUGUUACGAAAAAGUAUCCUCAUGAAAUUUGGCUAAGGUCGGAAGUUAAUGGUUACUUCCAAAAAAUUGAGAUUGAGAAUCUACCUAUAUUUUGUUUUCAUUGUAAAAUGCAUGGCCACACGAUUAAUGAAUGUUUCCGUUUACAUCCUAAUCUUCACAAAAAGAAAGUUUCAUCUAAAACUAAUGUGAAUGGUGAUAGGGAGGAUUUUCCUAAGCCUCAUAAUGAUGUCGGGAAUGAUUCUGGUUCUUUGAACUUGGUUUUGCAAGAAGGUGAACAUUUGGGUGUGGUUAAUUUGGCUAAGGAAGCGGAAGUGAAUCCUAUUACCAAUGUUUCUACUUUUAGUGUCCUUAAUCAUGAUAACAUUGCUAUUGAUCUGAUUGCCAAUGGGAAUGAUAAUAUUGUUAAUGAUUCAUCUUCUAAUCAUGUUUCUUCUUUUAAUCCGAUAAUUAUUUAG